AUGCGCGUCCUGAGCACACCACCUCCCCCCACUGCACUGAGAAUAAAGAUGCUUAUACUUCCAUUGCAGAGCUCCUCGGACAGGGCGUCCAUCCUGACCAUCCUCCAGGUCCUCGGAGACCUGCUCUCUGUUGGCACAGACAGGCGGAUCUGCUACCUGAUCAGCAAGGGCGGCAGCGAGGCCCUCUUGCAGACCCUGGUGGACACGGCGAGGACAGCGUCUCCAGACUAUGACAUCCUCCUGCCCCUCUUCCGACUGCUGGCCAAAGUUGGCCUUCGAGAUAAAAAGUUUGGACAGAAGGCGUUGGACUUGGAAGCACUUGAUGUCACCUUGAUUCUGACCAGGAAAAACCUGGCCCACAGCCAGAACCUCCUGCACUGUCUCUGGGCCCUGCGUGUGUUUGCCUCCAGUGUCACCUCGGGAGCCAUGCUGGGAAUUAAUGGAGCAAUGGAACUGCUUUUCAAAGUCAUCACCCCUUACACCAGGAAGCGGACCCGAAUAAUCAGGGCGGCUGCGGAGGUCCUUGUAGCGCUGCUGAAAUCCAAGUCCAAUAGGCGCAGGGCGGUGAACAGAGGCUAUGUCGCCAGCUUGCUCAGUCUGCACCAGGAUUGGCACUGCCACGACACAGCCAACAGCUACGUCCUGAUCCGCCGGGCGCUCCUGCUCUGCCUCAAGCACGUUGCCACCCUCCAGUCAGGCAGGGAGGCCUUCCUGGCAGCCCAGGGCAUGGAGAUCCUCUUCAGCACCACACAGAACUCCCUGGAUGACGAAAGCUUGGAACCCGUCGUGGCCACUGCGCUUCAGGUCCUGCGGCAGUGCUACCCAAAGAGUCCCCUUCCUCUGGUCACGGCCAGCAGCGCCUACGCCUUCCCGGGCCCCGGGCACAUCCCUUCUGAACCCCGACAUGUUCUCGCUGAAGAGGAUGUUGAAGACGAUGAGGAUGAAGAAGAGGACAAAGACUCUGACGCGGAAGAUGCGAAAGAGGAAGAUGAUGACUUGGAAACGGAUGUGAACAAGCUGAUUUCCAAACCCGGACUUGACCGACCCGCAGAGGAGCUGGCCCAGUACGAGGCCAUGUGUCUCGAGCUGUCUUGCAGCUUUGAGGACCUGGAGCCCAGACCUGGAGAGGAUCCGACCUCUGCAGAGACCGAGUAUGCCAACCACCAGCACAUUCCGACCGCCGCCUCCCCGGAGCGGCAUCGCUUAAAUGAGGACCAAGGCUCCCGGGGGCCAGAAAGAGAAGACACAGUCCAGACGCCCCUUCUGAGCAUGGUGAAGAGGGGCAGGUCGUCCGUGCCUCUAGCCUCCCAAAAAAGACCUGGAACGAACCCGGACCAAAAUGCCCAGUCCAACGGGCUUGGGAUGGAUUCUUCUGGGAAUCGAGUCCUUGACAUUGAGGCUUUUCUCAAAGACGCUGCUUGGGACAUCGAUACGAUUUCUUGCCCAAGGACAAGCGCCUCCCUUUCCUGCUCCACGAGGUCUCAAGACACUGUUGAAGUGAUCGAGAAGCUUCUGCAGAUGCACCCCCAGCACAUCCCCUUCCAUGACCCCUAUAUUUAUAGGGCCAAGGUCAGAAGAACCAAAUCCGUGGCCGACUUCAAGAUAAUGGCAUUUCCUGACCUCUGGGGGCAUUGCCCGUCAACCUCUCCAGAGCCCAUGCUGGAGCGCAAGCGUGGGAUCCAAAGGAUCAAGAUAUUUGAGGAUAUCCGGAGGUUCCUUCAGCCCAGGGAAGUCAUCAAUAAAGUCGUCUUCAGUUUAGACGAGCCUUGGCAAGACACUGCUUCCGACUGCUUGUGUUUCUCCUCCAAGUUUGAGUCGGGAAAUCUUCGCAAAGCCAUCCAAGUGCGCGAGUUUGAGUACGACUUGUUGGUCAACACAGACGUGAACAGCACCCAGUACCAGCAGUGGUUCAACUUCAAGGUGAGCCGCAUGAGGGCGGCCGUCCCCUACCGCUUCAACAUCAUCAACUUCGAGAAGCCCAACAGCCAGUUUAACUAUGGGAUGCAGCCCACUAUGUAUUCCGUGAAGGAGGCGCUCCUUGGCAGACCCACGUGGAUACGGACAGGCUAUGAGAUCUGCUACUACAAAAAUCAUUAUCGCGAGAGGGCCGCUGUCACAGGGGGAGAGGUUCGGAGGUGCUACUACACCCUCACCUUUGCCAUCACCUUUCCGCACCAUGACGACGCCUGCUACCUGGCCUAUCACUACCCCUACACCUACACCGCCCUCAUGACUCACCUGGAUAUUCUAGAAAGAAGUGUCAACCGCAAAAAGGUCUACUUCCGGCAGGAGGCUCUGUGCCAGACGCUAGGGGGGAAUCUGUGCCCAUUGGUGACCAUCACGGCUAUGCCCGAGUCGGCCAGCGCUGACCACCUGGAGCAGUUCCGGCGGCGUCCAUACCAGGUGAUCACUGCCCGAGUUCACCCAGGAGAAAGCAAUUCGAGCUGGGUGGUGAAAGGGGCACUGGAGUUCCUGGUCAGCAGUGACCCUGUGGCCAGGCUCCUGAGGGAAAACUUCAUCUUCAAGAUCAUCCCCAUGCUCAAUCCAGAUGGUGUCAUCAAUGGCAAUCACAGGUGCUCCCUGCGCGGCGAGGAUUUGAACAGACAGUGGCUCACGCCCAGCGCCCAGCUGCAGCCGACCAUCUACCACGCCAAGGGCCUGCUCUACUACCUGAACAGCGCCGGCCGCAGCCCCGUGGUCUUCUGUGAUUUCCACGGCCACUCCCAGAAGAAGAAUGUGUUCGUCUAUGGUUGUAGCAUCAAGGAGACCUUGUGGCAAGCAGAGGCCCCUGUGGGCGCAUCCACUGUCUUGGAAGAUGUCAGCUACAGGACUCUUCCCAAAAUCCUCGAUAAGUUAGCACCGGCCUUCACAAUGAGCAGCUGCAGCUUCCUGGUGGAAAAAUCUCGUGCUUCCACUGCCCGGGUGGUGGUGUGGAGAGAGAUGGGGGUGUCCAGAAGCUACACCAUGGAGAGCAGCUACUGUGGCUGCAGCCAGGGCCCCUACCAGGGCCUGCAGUUUGGUACCCGUGAGCUGGAGGAGAUGGGGGCCAUGUUCUGCCUGGGUCUCCUCAUCCUGGAACUCAAAUCCGUCAGCUGCAGCCGGCAGCUCCUGACCCGUGCAGCCACCCUACUGAACGCGGAGGAUGAGCCUCUGGACCACCACCUCCGGAGAUGUAGCACCGCCCAACGCAGCAGCGGCGGCGUCACCCCCGAGCUGGACGAUGAGCCCCCCUGCAUGGAGGAGAUCGAUUACAGUACAGACGGCGGUUCCGACCAGGAAGAGAGGUGCUCUGAGCUGGACCGGCAGAUCCGGGAGUGGGCCUCCCACCCCGACGAGGGCGAGGAGGAAGAGGAGGGGCCGGGACAGGGACGAGGAGCCGGCCCGUAGCCCCAGGUUCAUGGCGACUUCCGUGCCCGCAGCCACUGGACUAGGACCGUGUCCUCCGCCAUCAGACACGCACGCG